AUGGAGUCUGCGCCGGCGGCUGUCAUAGAGCGGGAGCGCCUCACGGCCGAGAUGUCCUUCCGCGUUGACGCGGCUCAGGGCACCGAGCGGUCGCCAAGCAUCAUCGUCAGGAUCCGUCGCCGCCUCCCGGACUUCUCCCGCUCCGUCAACCUCAAGUACGUCAAGCUGGGGAUCCGCCACGCCGGCAGCCUCAAGUUGUACCUGCCGAUAAUGUCCGUGCCGGUGCUCGCGUCGGCCGCCUACUCACUCGUCCGCCUCGACGUCAUCCACUACUCAAUGGACAUGCUCACCUGCGUCGCGUGGCUCGGCAGCGCCAUGGUCCUCCUCACGGUGUACUACCUCAAGCGGCCACGCCCGGUGUACCUCGUGGAGUUCGCGUGCUACAAGCCGGAGGACGAGCACAAGAUCUCCAAGAAGGCCUUCCUGGAGAUGACCAAGAGCACCGGGUGCUUCAACGACGAGACGCUGGCUUUCCAGACCAGGAUCACGAGCCGCUCCGCCCUCGGAGACGAGACGUACCUGCCAACCGGCGUCCGGGCGCGGCCGCCUAGGCUGAACAUGCUCCAGGCGCGGCUGGAGGCCGAAGCGGUAAUGUUCGGAUGCCUGGACGCUCUCUUCGCGUCCACCGGUAUCAACCCGCGCCGCGACGUGGGCAUCCUCGUCGUAAACUGCAGUCUAUUCAAUCCGACGCCGUCGCUGGCGUCCAUGAUCGUCAACUAUUACAAGAUGCGCGAGGACAUCAAGUCGUUCAACCUCGGCGGCAUGGGGUGCAGCGCCGGCCUGAUCGCCAUUGACCUCGCCAAGGACAUGCUCCAGGCGCACCCCAACUCGUACGCCGUGGUCCUCAGCACCGAGAACAUCACCCUCAACUGGUACUUCGGUAACGACAAGUCCAUGCUGCUCUCCAACUGCAUCUUCCGCAUGGGCGGCGCCGCGGCCCUGCUCUCGAACCGGCGCGCCGACGCCGGCCGCGCCAAGUACCGCCUGCUCCACACUGUGCGGACGCACAAGGGCGGCACGGACGAGGGUUUCAACUGCGUGUACCAGCGAGAGGACGAGGGUGGCAAGGUCGGCGUAUCGCUGGCGAAGGGGCUCAUGGCUGUGGCCGAAGACGCGCUCACGACCAACAUGACCACGCUAGGUCCCCUGGUCCUCCCCAUCACCGAGCUGCUCAAGUUCCUCAAGGCCCUGGUAAUGCGCCGCGUCUUCCGCGCCAGGGGCGUGCGCCCAUACAUCCCGGACUUCCGGCGCGCGUUCGAGCACUUCUGCGUGCACGCCGGCGGCCGCGCCGUGCUGGAGCAGGUGCAGCGCAGCCUGAGCCUGGAGGACGAGGACAUGGAGCCGAGCAGGUGCGCGCUGCAUCGGUUCGGCAACACCAGCAGCAGCUCGCUGUGGUACGAGCUCGCCUACGCCGAAGCCAAGGGCCGGGUGAAGCGCGGCGAUCGCGUGUGGCAGAUCGGCUUCGGCUCCGGAUUCAAGUGCAACAGCGCGGUGUGGCGCGCGCUCCGCGACGUGCCAGCGGUGUCGCCCGCCGCCGCGGCGCCGGGACCGGAAAACAGGAGCUGCAACCCGUGGGUGGAUUGCGUCGAUAUGUACCCGCCCAACACGUACGUCUGA